UUGUGAUUGCCCACAAGCUGCUUGCAGCGUUUGCGAUGUUGGAUUGUCAUGGUGGCGCGCAGAGGAAUGCCUAGUGCUGAGACCAUCGGAGCGGAGAACGCAGAUGUGGAAAACCCCAAGGAAGAGCAAAUCGAUGCACCGCUGCGGGACGAUCGUGCGGGCAACCAGAAUUGCAUCUUGAGGUGCUGCCGAUGCAUCUCUGUGGUCGAUGUCAUCGUCUUGGGUUUUGCGGGCGGAGUCAGCAUUGCGGGGAUUGUCAAUACCUGGCACUUGGAGAACUUUGCAGCGCUGGGCUUGAGAGGAACUUCGAUGGGGCUGUGCGUGCUCUUGUGUUGGGAGCAAGCGACCCGCAACACAUCAUGCUGCAAGUGUGUGAGGCUGAUGUUUCCAGCCUUGGAUUAUUGGGUGGCGCGAGGCUUUCUGCAUCUCUUCAUUGCCCUCCAGAUGGAGGGCACCAGCAACGACGGCAUGGACUCGGCCACGCGGGACCUGACGCGGAUCGCCUCGGUGGCCUUGGUCUUCGUGGGGGGCUUCUUCAUCGCGGGCGCCUUCUUGUGCUUUGGGCCGCUGGAACGACGACAGCAGCGGCUCGCGGUGAGAAAAGAGGAGGUGAUGAAGGAGCUUUCUGAAUUGGACAAAAGGAAGAAAGCUUUGGAAAGCGAAGCAGGGCUGUGAAAA